GAUAGUAAUGUACGGUGGAGAGAUCCUCUCUUUCAAAUCCCAGGGCUCCAGGCCAUGCAAUGCUAGUAUUGCAUUUUCAAUUAGCUUCUGAGUGAAUGCUUGGCAUAUGCAGAAGUGAACUGGUACACAAUUAGCUUAUUGUUCCUUUUAGCUUUGUGCUGAGAGGAUCUGAAGGACUGGAGAAGAGAGGGGAGAGGGGAGUGGGGGAAAAAAUAGUCAAGCCAGCAGCAUCUCUGUGGAUGUGGAAUAAGGGAGCUGCUCAGCUCACACAGAUCCACUUGCUAAGUCGGGAAUUACAGCUGUUACUGAGGAGCACACAGCGUGGCUUUAGGGAGGGCGCCGGGAGAGCCGCAGAACGAGGCUCUGUUCUCAGGCGCUCCAGGCUCUGCUUUCGCCUGCCUCACCUCAGCAUUGUGAUGGAGCCCAACAGCCCUAAAAAGAUCCAGUUUGCUGUGCCACUGUUUCAGAGUCAAAUAGAUCCCGAAGCAGCUGAGCAGAUCAGGAAAAGAAGGCCUACUCCAGCAUCACUCGUCAUCAUGAAUGAGCAUGUGCCCCCGGAAAAAGAUGAGAAGAGAACAAACAUCUCACAGGCAGAAUCCCAGAGCGCCUCGCCAAAGCAAAGGAAGCAGAGCGUGUACACCCCGCCUGCCCUCAAAGGGAUAAAGCAUCUGAAGAGUCAGAGUGAUUCAGCAUUUCCAGAAGAGGAAGAGGGAAUCAGUGAAAGAGAAGAGGAAUGGGACCACUAACCCGCGCAAGGGUGCCUGGGGGCCGGGUACCGCGAUGACCGAGCUGCGACACCGCGUGUGCAUCCCACAAUUUGCCACCGCUUGUGUUCCCGCGGAGCAGGGUGCGCUGGGGAGCACGCCUUGACUGGGCUUUACAGCCACUUGCAAAUUCGUUUUGUGAGCCUUAUACCUGGAGAUAAAACGGUUGUUUUAAAGUCACUCUUCUUUCAUUUUCUAUGAGGUAGAAAUGUCAUUUGCAAACGUGGUAGUGAUCUGAUGGCAGUACUGCCAGAGCUUAACUUCUGCGUAUGAGCUGUGUUCUAAGACUUGUUGUAAAUAAAACCCAUUUAAAAGCUACAAAAUAAAUAAUACUACAUUCAUUUAGACAAGACUGUGUGUUGUACAGUGGGUUUGUCUACCCUUCAGAGAAAUGUUCGUAUAGAAUGACCCCUUCAGUUAAAGACAGCUUUUGCCAGUAACGUCAGAGUUAGCUGCAGUAACAUAGGUAGAAACAAGCGGAGUCGCCUCUCCAGAACAAUGAAAUCUGUCACUAUGGCUGCAAUGGCACUGUGAGUGUUGUGUCAUCACAGCCGUAAUGGUGGCACAGCAAGCUGAGGCGAUGUAGCGUGUGUCUGAGCCCCAGCAGUUUGGGCUUGUGGUUCACACCAGCAUUUUCAUCACAGACCAUGCAAACUCUAUGGCUCCAAUUGAGCUCAAGAGAAAACAUAAAAUGAACUAAAGUGGAAAAGAAAAGCCAUGUUUCUUCAAGUCACACUUGACAGAUCAUUUCCUUUUUAUCAAUAGCUGUUUUUUAAACCAGUUAACUGUGCUUUUGUAUUAACUAAGUUUGCUACAGUCUUACCCUUGGUUUAACAUUCCACUGCUUUCAGCCUUUCUUAAAGGGCUGAGAUAGAAGGAAAGGAAAAACACAGAGCUUUCUGUCUCUGCCUUGCCUGAUGAUUUCACUUGCAUUCUGAGCUCUUCCAUGAAGACAUGCUGAGAACAGGGUCUGCUAACAAGUGUUUCUUUGUAUUUGGGAGCCAUCUUUUUACCCUCCAUCUAUGCCUCUGUAUCUGUCCUCUUUGUCACCAUCUCCUGCAGAAACAUUGCAAACAGUUUCUGUGACUCCAGCUCAGUACGGGUACGCAGGAAGGACUAAAAGAAGGACUCUCCAGUUGUGCAGGAGUAGCUACAGGACUGAGGGCUUUUUGUGCCACAAAGAAGGAAGGAGGGAAGUGACCGUUCAUAAAACAUUUGAACUGACCAAAGUUAAGACUGGAGCAGUAUCAAGAAGAGCUGGGCUCUGGUCCCAGCCUUUCCACAGCUUUGCCUUUGCUCAGCACCAGGCCCUUCAUUAGUCUCUGGCUGUACUCCCAGUGGUAAAAUGCCAAUCAGCAUGGAUGCACUGUGUCGCUAGCUAAUAAAGUGCUUUUGA